UUUAUCAUCCAAGGCUGACACGCGUUUGUUCCCACAGAAAUCCAGAAAAAGAUAAGCCUUUGGACCAGGCUUACAGUAGAAAUACUGGGACAAUGUUGGAUUAUUUCAGGCAGCUGUCUGCCGUGUUUACAAUAGCUCUAUUGUUCCCUCUUACUUUUUCACAGACCCCCGGGGAUGUUCGCCUGGUGGGCGGUGCCUGGCCGGGGGAGGGGAGGCUGGAGGUGUUCAGAGGAAGAUGGGGGGGAGUGUGUGAUGAUGGCUUCUCCACCAGCGCCGCUGUUGUUGUAUGUCGGCAGCUCGGCUUUACACCUCUCCGUCCGACGUUUUCCUCAGUCACGGGGCCAAACGCUCAGUUCUUACUGGACGACUUGACAUGUACUGGACAGGAAGCUGCGCUACCAGACUGCGGACACAGCUCGUGGGGCACUCACAACUGCGGGGCGACAGAACACGUGCAUAUUGGUUGUUCUAGUGCAUGUUCCGUCCAUUCAUGCAGGAACGGGGGGACAUGUACCGACAUACCACACAGCGCCACAGUCAACUGUUCCUGCCCUUCUGGGUUUACGGGACUUCACUGCGAACAAGCUCAGGGCGUCAACAUCACGUGUUCAUCUCACAACAUGUUCGUGGAGUUUACCAAGAAAGAAUUCCCAGGACUACAUGCUGACAGCCUGACGUUACGAGACCCCACGUGUACAGCCACAGACACGCCCACUACCAUCACUCUUACUGCACCACUUGGAGGAUGUGGUACACAGAUGGAGGCGGUCGGUGAUGACUUCGUCUAUGUCAACGUGGUAUCCGCCCAGGACGUUACCGUGUCGGGUCACAUCUCGCACGUGAGAGAUAUCAACGUGACAGUGCGUUGUUUCUACAGCAGGAACGUCGUUGCACGCAACUACUACCUCGUUAAAACCGGGGAGCUCCACGUCCUCUCAAGCAGCCAGGGCAAGUAUGAGAUCAGCAUGGAUCUGGUCCAUAACGGAGUCGUGUACCAACCCUCUAGUCCCUUACCCCUUAGCGUCAAGCCGGGAGAAAGCCUGUCAAUCAAACUAUCCCUCCAAUCCAACGACUCGAACCUGCAGGUGUUUGCCAGGAACUGUAAGGCCACGCCCACACCUUCGCCAGAUAGUUCUGUGCAAUAUCUGAUUCUUGAAAAUGGGUGUGCGCAUGAUUCAACCUUGACCUUCACAGACGUCAGUCACAUGACGGAGGAGACCUUGACCUUAGAGACGUUCAAGUUCGUGAACAGUUCCAGCAUGGUGUACUUCCACUGCGAGGUAUUGGUGUGUAACGCGUCUGACCCCGAGUCCAGAUGUCACCACGGUUGUCUGGCCCCGGGGAGGGGGAGGAGGGACGCUGGAGGGAGGAGAGAAAGCGACUUGGAGAAAGAGGUUCACUUGACUUCACAACAUCUCUCAGCGGGUCCGAUCCGAAUUAUCACCAGGAGGACAAAACGUUCACCUAAAUUUGCUGACCGUAAGAAUGGCAACACUUAUUAUAUGGAGGAGCCAGCUAUGAUAGUGGGCGUGGUACUGAUGUGUGCGUCACUGGUGAUGGUGAUGGCGACGCUGUAUCUGCUGUUCCGGGGCGAGGCUGGAGACGAGAGCGAUGACCAAUCGGAGACUCGGUGCGAUAAACAAUAAAACGCCGUCAACAAU